CACCAAUCAGAAAGCAGUAUUUUCAUCCAGCAAGCAAUCCAGCACGAAAACAAGCACUGUGUGCCGCUGGCUUAAAUCCCAUAAGACUGACGGUCUUUAUUAGUAUUUCGUCGGUGCUUUAAUACUUUUUUGUUCAUUACGACGGUAAAAAGAUAUUGACGAACCAGCAAGGACUAUAUAGAUUAAAGGACUAGGGAGUUAUAAUUGAUCAAGGGAACUGGUGUGUGGAAAUGGGUUCUGAGAAUCAACUUGAGCAAAAUGAGACUAUGCCUAAGAUUGACUUGUUGAAAGAUGUCUCGAGGUUCAAGUCCACGGAUAUAGUUUACAUGAAACGCUUGGAGGAAGAGAAUAUAAAAAGAGCUCAGAAAGUAAGGGGUUACCGCAAAGCUAACAAUCGAACUGCAUUUGCAUUAACUCUUGGAGUUAUUGCAAUUUAUACAUAUACAAUAUAUUCAUUUAAGCAAGAAAAAUUCCUGGAUGAUUUUGAGAAGCCUGAAAAAACAAUUAAUAAAGUUGCUUAAAGUAAUCAUUUGUGGAAAUUCGAAUUAAGAAGCU